GUCUAAAUAUAAUGAGAUAGUAUGAGCAUAUAAAAGGGGAAUGGGUGUAUGGGAAACAGGUCUUGUUCGAGACGAUGGGGAUGUUUCAUGCACUGAGUGCUGUGUUUGCUGUCACUCUCCUAGUAAGCGGAUGUGAUGCAAACCUAUCAGGAGUAUGUGGCAGACCUUCAUUCUCGUUAGAUGGAGGACAAAAUGCUUCAUCUGGUGCUUGGCCGUGGCAGGUCAGUCUUCAUUGGAGCUAUGGACAUUUCUGUGGUGGAUCGCUCAUUAACAAUCAAUGGGUACUGACAGCAGCUCACUGCUUUUCCAGUUAUACAACCACUGGCCUGACUGUGUACCUGGGCCGACAGACACAGUCAGGAUCAAAUCCAAAUGAGGUGAACAGAACUGUCUCCAGAAUAAUCAUUCAUUCAAACUACAGUAUAUUCACUGGUGACAAUGACAUUGCUCUUCUGCGUUUGUCUUCACCUGUGAAUUUUACUGACUAUAUAAUGCCGGUCUGCCUGGCGGCAACAGGCAGCAGCUUCUUCAAUGGCACAAUGAGCUGGGUCACUGGAUGGGGAGAUACUGACUCUAGUGUUUCUCUGGAUGCACCACAAAAUCAACAAGUGGAAGUGCCUGUCAUUGGAAACAGAAAGUGUAAAUGUCUUUAUGCUAGAAACAGUGAUAUCACAAAUAACAUGAUCUGUGCUGGACCAUUACAAGAUGGGAAAGACUCCUGCCAGGGUUAUUCUGGUGGACCUAUGGUCAGCAAACAGGGCUCAGCCUGGAUCCAGUCUGGCAUUGUUAGCUUUUGUAGAGGGUGUGCAUUACCCAAUUUUCCUGGUGUGUAUACCAGAGUUUCUCAGUACCAGAGUUGGAUCAACCGCCAUAUCACCGGAAUACAGCCAGGUUUCAUUAAAUUCACUUCCAAUGGAACUGAUGGUGACUUAAGUGUGAGCUGUGCCAGUGUACCUGCUAUUAUAUCAAUGGCUGCAGUAUGUGGCAGACCUUCACCUUCAAUAGUUGGAGGACAGAAUGCUUCCACUGGUGCUUGGCCGUGGCAGGUCAGUCUUCACAGCAGCUAUAGACAUUUCUGUGGUGGAUCACUCAUCAAUAAUGAAUGGGUAAUGACAGCAGCUCACUGCUUUUCCAGUUACAGUUAUUCAACCACUAGCCUGACUGUGUACCUGGGCCGGCAGACACAGUCAGGAUCAAAUCCUAAUGAGGUGAUCAGAACUGUCUCCAAAAUCAUCAUUAAUCCAAACUAUAAUAAAUUCACUGGUGACAAUGACAUUGCUCUUGUGCGUUUGUCUUCACCUGUGGAUUUUACUGACUAUAUAAUACCGGUCUGCCUGGCAUCAGCAGGCAGCAGCUUCUUCAAUGGCACAUUGAGCUGGGCCACUGGAUGGGGAGAUACUGACUCUGGUGUUUCUCUGGCUGCACCACAAACUCUACAGGAAGUGCAAAUGCUUGUCAUUGGAAACAGAAAGUGUAAAUGUCUUUAUGCUCCAUUUGGUAUCACAAACAAUAUGAUCUGUGCUGAACCAUUACAAUGUGGAAACGGCUCCUGCCAGGGUGACUCUGGUGGACCUGUCGUCAUCAAACAUGGCUCAGUCUGGAUACAGUCUGGGAUUGUAAGUUUCGGUAGAGGGUGUGCUUUAUCCAAUUUUCCUGGUGUGUCUACCCGAGUUUCUCGAUACCAGAGUUGGAUCAACAAGUGUAUCACCACCAACAAACCCGGUUUCAUUAAAUUCACCUCCAAUGGUACUGAUGGUGACUUAAGCGUAAGCUGUGCCCGUGUACCUGCCAUUACAUCAACUGCUGCAGUAUGUGGCAGACCUUCUUUCCCAAUAGUUGAAGGACAGAAUGCUACAGCUGGUGCUUGGCCGUGGCAGGUCAGUCUUCAUGAUCGCUCUGGACAUUUCUGUGGUGGAUCACUCAUCAACAAUGAAUGGGUCCUGACGGCUGCUCAAUGCUUUUCCAGUACUUUAACCACUGGCCUGACUGUGUAUCUGGGCCGACAGUCACAGUCAGGAUCAAAUUCAAAUGAGGUGAACAGAACUGUCUCCCAAAUCAUCAUUCAUCCAAACUACAGUGUAUUGACUGGUGACAAUGACAUUGCUCUUCUGCAUUUGUCUUCACCUGUGCAUUUUACUGACUAUAUAAAACCAGUCUGCCUGGCGGCAGCAGACAGCAGCUUCUUCAACGGCACAAUGAGCUGGGUCACUGGAUGGGGAGAUACAGACUCGGAGUUUUCUCUGGCUGCAUCACAAACUCUACAGGAAGUGCAAGUGCCUGUCAUUGGGAACAUAAUGUGUAAUUGUCUUUAUGCUGGAAACAGUAAAAUCACAAACAACAUGAUCUGUGCUGGACCAUUACAAGACAGGAAUGACUGCCAGGCCGAUUCUGGUGGACCUAUGGUCAGCAAACAGGGCUCAAUCUGGAUCCAGUCUGGCAUUGUGAGCUUUGAUAACGGGUGUGCAUUACCCAGUUUUCCUGGUGUGUAUACCAGAGUUUCUCAGUACCAGAGUUGGAUCAACCAGCAGAUCACCACCAACCAGCCAGGUUUCAUUACAUUCACCUCCAAUGGUACUGAUGCUGACUUAAGCGUGGGCUGUGCCAGUGUACCUGCCACUACUUUAGCUGCUGUCUCUUCAAAUACUACAACAACCAUCCCCACCACCACUACUACUAAUACUACUUCUACUACUACUACUACUACUACUACUACUACUACUACUUUUACUACUACUACUACAACCACUGCAGUAUGUGGCAGACCUUCAUUCCCAAUAGUUGAAGGACAGAAUGCUUCAGCUGGUGCUUGGCCGUGGCAGGUCAGUCUUCAUGGGAGCUCUGGACAUUUCUGUGGUGGAUCACUCAUCAACAAUGAAUGGGUAAUGACAGCAGCUUACUGCUUGUCCAGUUAUUCAACCACUGGCCUGACUGUGUACUUGGGCCGACAGACACAGUCAGGAUCAAAUCCAAAUGAGGUGAACAGAACUGUCUCCCAAAUCAUCAUUCAUCCAAACUACAGUAUAUUGACUGGUGACAAUGACAUUGCUCUUCUGCGUUUGUCUUCACCUGUGGAUUUUACUGACUAUAUAUUACCGGUCUGCCUUGCGGCAGCAGACAGCAGCUUCUUCAACGGCACAAUGAGCUGGGUCACUGGAUGGGGAGAUACUGUCUCUGGAGUUUCUCUGGUUGCAUCACAAACUCUACAAGAAGUGCAAGUGCCUGUCAUUGGGAACAAAAAUUGUAAAUGUCUUUAUGCUGAAUACAGUAACAUCACAGACAACAUGAUCUGUGCUGGACCAUUACAAGGCGGCUUCUGCCAGGGCGAUUCUGGUGGACCUAUGGUCAGCAAUCAGGGCUCAGUCUGGAUCCAGUCUGGCAUUGUGAGCUUUGGUAAUGGGUGUGUUUUGCCCAAUGUUCCUGGUGUGUAUACCAAAGUUUCUCAGUACCAAAGUUGGAUCAACCAGCAGAUCACCACCAACCAGCCAGGUUUCAUUACAUUCACCUCCAAUGGUACUGAUGGUGACUCAAGCGUGGGCUGUGCCAGUGUACCUGCCAUUACAUCAACUGCUGUCCCUUCAAAUAUUACAACAACCAUCCCCACCGCCACUAACACUACUACUUCAACUACUAUUACUACUACUAUUACUACUACUACUACUUCUUCUACUACUAAUACUACUACUACAACAACCAGUGCACUAUGUGGCAGACCUUCAUUCCCAAUAGUUGAAGGACAGAAUGCUUCAGCUGGUGCUUGGCCGUGGCAGGUCAGUCUUCAUGGGAGCUCUGGACAUUUCUGUGGUGGAUCACUCAUCAACAAUGAAUGGGUACUGACAGCAGCUCACUGCUUUUCCAGUUAUUCAACCACUGGCCUGACUGUGUAUCUGGGCCGACAGACACAGUCAGGAUCAAAUCCAAAUGAGGUGAACAGAACUGUCUCCCAAAUCAUCAUUCAUCCAAACUACAGUAUAUUGACUGGUGACAAUGACAUUGCUCUUCUGCAUUUGUCUUCACCUGUGCAUUUUACUGACUAUAUAUUACCGGUCUGCCUGGCGGCAGCAGACAGCAGCUUCUUCAAUGGCACAAUGAGCUGGGUCACUGGAUGGGGAGAUACUGUCUCUGGAGUUUUUCUGGUUGCAUCACAAACUCUACAAGAAGUGCAAGUGCCUGUCAUUGGGAAAAAAAAUUGUAAAUGUCUUUAUGCUGAAUACAGUAACAUCACAGACAACAUGAUCUGUGCUGGACCAUUACAAGGCGGCUUCUGCCAGGGCGAUUCUGGUGGACCUAUGGUCAGCAAUCAGGGCUCAGUCUGGAUCCAGUCUGGCAUUGUGAGCUUUGGUAAUGGGUGUGUUUUGCCCAAUGUUCCUGGUGUGUAUACCAGAGUUUCUCAGUACCAAAGUUGGAUCAACCAGCAGAUCACCACCAACCAGCCAGGUUUCAUUACAUUCACCUCCAAUGGUACUGAUGGUGACUCAAGCGUGGGCUGUGCCAGUUUACCUGCCAUUACAUCAACUGCUGUCCCUUCAAAUAUUACAACAACCAUCCCCACCGCCACUAACACUACUACUUCAACUACUAUUACUACUACUACUACUUCUACUACUACUAAUACUACUACUACAACAACCAGUGCACAAAUCGAGACUCAUCAGACCAGGCAACAUUUUUCCAGUCUUCAACUGUCCAAUUUUGUAUGUGGCAGACCUUCAUUCCCAAUAGUUGAAGGACAGAAUGCUUCAGCUGGUGCUUGGCCGUGGCAGGUCAGUCUUCAUGGGAGCUCUGGACAUUUCUGUGGUGGAUCACUCAUCAACAAUGAAUGGGUACUGACAGCAGCUCACUGCUUUUCCAGUACUUUAACCACUGGCCUGACUGUGUAUCUGGGCCGACAGACACAGUCAGGAUCAAAUCCAAAUGAGGUGAACAGAACUGUCUCCCAAAUCAUCAUUCAUCCAAACUACAGUAGAUUAACUGAUGGCGAUGACAUUGCUCUUCUGCAUUUGUCUUCACCUGUGAAUUUUACUGACUAUAUAAUACCGGUCUGCCUGGCGGCAGCAGGCAGCAGCUUCUUCAACGGCACAAUGAGCUGGGUCACUGGAUGGGGAGAUACUGUCUCUGGAGUUUCUCUGGCUGCAUCACAAACUCUACAGGAAGUACAAGUGCCUGUUAUUGGGAACAGAAAGUGUAAAUGUCUUUAUGCUGGAAACAGUAACAUUACAAACAACAUGAUCUGUGCUGGACCAUUACAAGGUGGCUUCUGCCAGGGUUAUUCUGGUGGACCUAUGGUCAGCAAACAGGGCUCAGUCUGGAUCCAGUCUGGCAUUGUGAGCUUUGGUAAUGGGUGUGUUUUACCCAAUUGUACUGGUGUAUAUACCCGAGUUUCUCAGUACCAAAGUUGGAUCAACCAGCAGAUCACCACCAACCAGCCAGGUUUCAUUACAUUCACCUCCAAUGGUACGGAUGGUGACUUGGGUACGAGUUGUCCCAUUAUAUCAAGUACUUUAGCCAGCACAUCAUCACAAUCAUCACAAUCCUCACAAUCAUCACAAUCCUCUCAAUCAUCACAAUCAUCACAAUCCUCACAAUCAUCACAAUCAUUACAAGUUUCCCCCACCAGUUUUACUGCUGCACUCUUGCUUUUACUUACAGCACUCCAGAUCUUUUAUUGAAACUGAGAUCAGUAAGGUCUAGGCAGUAACACAACGCUUAGAUCAGUGGUUCUCAAACUUUUUCAGCGUGCGGCCCCCCUUGUAUAUGGUGCAUUCCUUCGCGGCCCCCCAAAUUUUUUUAUAACAAAUUUGUUCUAAAACGUAACAUUUUAAUAAGACAAAACAUAUUAAAGAAUACAAAGUAGUGCUGUUGGUUAGUAGCCUUAUUUUUUUAGGUUUAAUUACACAGAAUUCAUGAUAAAUUAAUGUAUUUUAUGAAAUGUCAUAAAACUGGGGCCCCCCUGGCACCAUCUCGCGGCCCCCAGUUUGAGAACCACUGACUUAGAUUACCAUUGUAGAUUACUGUAAAAACUAAGAGGAAUGAUAUGUUUUCAUUUGAUUCAUCUGACUAUACUGUUAAUGUAAACCUCAUUUUUCUCUUUUGUAUAGACUUAGGUGAACUGAAAUAUUGUUAUACAAGUUGUUAUUUUAGACCAUACAUGGCUGUAUGUUGUUUAAUUAGCAGUAGAAUAAAUGCAAAGCUAAAACUGUAACCAGGAUGCUUUCUAAUAUCAGCCAAUUACACUGUACAAUUUCUGUGGAAGUUUAUAGACUUUCUGGAAGUCCCAGUUUAUCUACAUAUCUAAAUUAGAGAGUACUUAAAAAAUUUGUAAAUUAAGUGUUGCUUUUAUUUUUCAUAAAUGUGUGAUUCUAAAGAAAAACAGCAUUGUUAGGAUUUCCUUUGAGCAAACUUUUCUUAGUAAUC